AUGCAGCGAAAGCCGUUGCUUGUUGCUUUGGAGCUUGACAAGUCUUCGCCUCACCAGUUAGCUGGUAAUCCAGAGCUCAUUCCGGAAGAACUUCCUAGUGUAAUUCAAUCUUCUCGGAUAUUAGGCUUGGUUGAGUUCAAUUACAGUUAUUUAUUGGCCAUCUCUUCAUACUACUUAAGUUUGAUUGCAUGUCCAUUUGAUCGAUUGGACAUGCAGCAAUCUUUUAGUUUCCUCUUUAUUGUUUCUCGGCUAAUUCUGGUUGUGUUGUUGGCUGGUAAUGGUGAGGAUGGUGGAGCAAUCAUAAAAUUGCGAUUUUAUAUAAAAGUGGAGACUAAAUUAGUUUCUUCUUUGCUGGGAAGGUUGGAGAGGCCAUCAACACUUGAGCUAAAAAAUGAUAGGCACCCAUUUGAAGCUCAAAUCAAGAAGCAGAAGACUCUCUUCAUACUGGGCGCAACAGGCACUGGAAAAACAAAACUCUCCAUCGAUCUGGCCACCCAUAUUCCAGCUGAAAUUAUAAAUUCUGAUAAAAUUCAAGUUUACAAAGGCCUCGACAUUGUAACCAACAAGAUUGCUGAAGAUGAACGCAAAGGCAUCCCUCACCAUUUGCUAGGGUUUAUGGAUCCUGAGGCAGAUUUUACUGUGCAAGACUUCUGCACUCAUGUUCACGUGGCUAUGACUCGUAUCAUUAACAAUGGAAGCGUCCCCAUCAUAGUGGGUGGAUCCAACAACUACAUCAGGAGACUUGUGGAGGAUCCAUGUACAAAGUUUAAGUCAAAUUUUGACAGUUGCUUUCUAUGGGUGGAUGUUGAUUUGCCUGUUUUGUACAAGCGUGUAGCACAAAGGGUUGAUGAAAUGGUUGAAGCUGGUCUAGUUGAAGAGGUUCGAGCGAUGGUUGCACCUGGGGCUGACUACACUCGCGGGGUUUGGCGAGCUAUUGGGGUUCCAGAGAUGGACGAUUAUCUUCAUGCAGAGAAGGUGAUGGCUGACGAGAAGACAAAGAGAAUGUUGCUUGAGGCUGCUAUUUAUCGUAUAAAACAAAAUACAUGCAAGCUAGUGGAUUCUCAGCUGCGGAAGAUCAACCAGAUGAUAGAUGAACUUGGCUGGAAACUGCAUAGGAUUGAUGCUACCUGUGUGCUAGAAACAAGAGGCGGUGGGGCUGUAGAGGCAUGGGAGGAGGUGGUUUUGGAGCCUAGCUUGGCAAUAGUGAGGGAUUUUCUCGAGGGUCAGGAUUAA